AAAAGUAUGUUACAAGAAAUACCACAGGUAAAAGAAAUCGCUAUCGAUAACGAUAGUACUUCGAGUGCUGCCGAAAAUAAAAAUUGAUUUGCAUUUCUACUCGGCUUAAAAUGAAUUAAAUGUUAUUGUUUCCGCACCGAAAAAACUCAUAAAUCGCUACAUCAACCGCACUACUAAAUCGAAAUAAAUUCGAGCAAUUGAACAACUGCCAAAAUCUAGAACGUAUGUGAAGCGUGUGUGCCGUACAACCCAGCGAUAAGGACAAAAAACGGUUAAAAGAAAGCUAUUAAGAAAGAAAGUAAAGAAAAUUAAUUUUGAUUAAGUAAGAAAAAACAACGAAACGCGUGUGCCGCAAAUAUUGGCGAAAAUCGCAAUAAAAAAGUGUAUGUCAAAUAAGAAAAUGUGGCUCCACCAGCGAUAACGGUACUCCAAUGUGCUCUCUCGCACGCACACAGAAGCAUACCGCACACGCACGCCACCACCACUGCCAAAAAGCGAAUCCUGCCCAACAGCCGCACCUAUAAAAGUGGGCGUGGGUAGAGACAAGUUACUGUAACCAAUUUGCAAAUAGUGAUCGAGAGGGGAGGAAGAAGUAAAGGAAGCCAAAGGACAGGAUAGAAAAGCAAGAGGAAGAACGAAGCAGCAUCGGCGCGUUGGAGAAAUGUGCGGGAAGAGAAGAUUGAAAAUAAACGUGUAGUAGAGAAUUUUUGAGACACUCACACGCACACCUCCCACACUCUUUCUCUCUCUGUCUCUCCGCUUAUACCAUUUGCCGCCUACACACACACAUACCUAAGCGAACAUACGAGCGCUCUCGUAUCGCGAAAAGCGUGAGCUUUGUUGUUGCCUCUCCUACUCCCUCGCUCUCAGAGGCGCUCCCGCGUUGUUUUUGUUGUUGUUGCCGCUGAGCAAAUGGCAGACCCUCUAAGCGGGCGCCGCUGGUGAUAACAUGUCGUAAUGGCCAGAGAGGAGUCUCGCGGCAAGAGACCACUGAAAAUCUGGGACAGCUGGCGGAAUGUGCGCAAGGGCGUCGUAGUUGGGACCUUCGAGGAGCUCUUGGUCCGCGGCAAGGAUAAGCUGGGGGUUCCUGCUUCAGAACCGGUGCGCGUUGUUCUGGAGUGUGAUGGAACCCAAAUCGAGGACGGCGAAUACUUUCGCACCCUGGCCAACAAUACGGUGCUGCUGCUGUUAAGACAGGGCGAGCGCUGGUAUCCCACUGGCGUCGAUGUCAUAAAGGCUGCCAUAUCAGCUAUACCGAAAAUCGUCUGUGAGACGAUUCAUGCGCUGGAGUUGCACGAUGAGACACCGUCGUGGAAGAUCAUGGAUAACAAAGGGCGUGUCACGGUCGUUCUGCACUGGGAUCAGCGGCAGGGUGGAGGAAGCGGCGGCGGAGGAGGCGGUGGCGGAGGGGGGAGCAUGUGCUCCGGCUUGGGCAGCAGCAAUGGGCUGCUGUCGUCCGACAAGUACUCGCCCUCAAAGAAGGGCCUCUCCGCUCAGAGCUCGCUGGACAACAAGUCAGUGUCGUCGCAGUCCUCCCAGCCACGCUAUGCCAGCCCUCAAAUAACGGUGAUCAGCGACGACGGACCGGCGAGCAUAUACCAUCCCGGUGGCGUUGUUCUGCCGCCAGGAGUUGUGAUACCCGGCGGCAGCAGGCGACUCUCCAAGCAGGGUAGCUCCUUCGACAGCACCGUGGGUGUGGGCGUGGGAGCGGUCCACGUGCAUACGCCGGAAUGCGCCCACCACGCCCACACGCCCAGCAGGGCGGGCAGUCCCAGCACCACCGAGUGCGACUUCCACUGCUGUGCGCUGCACGAGGAGGGGCGCAAGAUUGCUGUGCACAAGAGCGUGGCUACGUCGCCCAUCCAGGACGGAAGCAGCAGUCCCCAGCCGCAGUCGGCACCAUCGGUUAUGGAUCCUAUGCUGGGCGGCAGCGGUGGCGGCGGAAGCGGCAGCAUGCAACGCCGCUCGUCAGGCGCCAAGGGCCAUGUGCGAUUCCUGGACAUCGCCCCCGAGCGGGAUAGCUCCGAGAGCGAAACGGAGAACACGGUGAUGGAGGACGAUAAGACGACGACGGAGAAGUUUCUGCUGCUGAUCGACCAGUUGUCGGUGGACCAGAAGCGUCACCUUAGCAUCAAAGACAUCGGCAUCAUACUGGAACGCCUCAAUUCCAAGAUCCUUGACGUGGAGCGAUUGGAUCGCGAGUCCGAGUCGGACGACUGCUACAACUGGACGAUAAAGGCGACAAUACGCGGCGAUGCGCUGCGCGAACUGGGCGUCAUUUACAAUGGCAAUUACUAUGCCAUCUCUGAGCAUCCUGGGUACAAGGAGGAGCUAGAGGAGAACGGCGAGGAGGUCGAGGAGGAGGAGGAAGAGGAUGAGGAGGACAGAAUUUAGAGUGCCAAUGACGGGCAGACGGGCAAACCCACAGGUUCACGACUGUGCCACGUUGGGCGCCACAGCAGGUAUCAAUAAACUAGCGCAUUUUACAGAAACCAAAACGAAAAAAUGGAAAAAACAAAAAUAGGAGUAGCCCAGCAGCUCGACACAAGAACACUCACACACACACACACACACUCCAACAUGCAUACAUAUAUACAUAUAUACUUAUAUAAAAUAAUUACGAGAAUAUAAUAAUGCAAGUCGCACAUUGUACAAUAGUGAAGUAAGCGUAAACGUGAAUUAUAAAAAGGCGAAAGCAAUGCAGCCGCCACACACCCAGAAACACACACACCCACGCCCACAACAACAGCAACAAGCGCGAACCACUUAAAAGCCGUUUUUGUAGCAUUUAGCCAGAAUUCUCAUAGACGGGGACCGACGUUACAAUAAGGAGCAGGAGCAUGGCUAGUUGGAGACGUUCAGGCGGCGUGCUUGCCACAUAGAAUGUCACUGCACCGUCUGCAGCCAGCUAACGAAUUCAAAAUUCGUAAGAUUCGAUUUCAAGUCCCCAAAAUUCAGUCCACAGAUCAGUUGCUAGCCCCAGUACCAGCCAUCCUUGUGUUGUUAUCGUUGUUGUACAAUAGAUGUUCCGUGUUCCGUUGUGAUUGUGUGCCAAAAUAGCCUUAUUUAGUUGGAUAGCCCCACACACAGACUGCCACUCGAGUCAGGAAAUCUAAUCUAACCCCAAAGACUAUAAGUUGUGAAAGAGAUAUAGAUAACAGAGACUAUAAAAUGUUGUUGCCAGAAAAACGAUGAUGACGGGGUAACUGAAGCUCGGUCGGUCUCUCGUUUCCUAUGUAGUGAGUUCCUCAUUUUCAUUUGCUUUGACCCCCACCCCGCAUUUGUAUAGUUCCUGGACAGCGUUACUCUUCAGCAAGAGGCCUAUUAUUUGUUGAUCUUGUUGCAUUUCUGCCCCAAAAGAAAUUCCGGAAAUCAUCCGCAUCAGCAUGUAAAACUGCCGUUAUUUGUAGUGUUGUCAAACGUUCAACAAAUCGCGCACAAUGUUAAAUUUAAACACAGAAUAGAAACAAUAAGCAAGACGCUCGAUGCUCGAUGCUCGCCAAAUGCCUGACGACAGACUAAAAUAUGUGUAGUAGAUAUAGACCGCCCCCCUCGCGUGGCCUCCAGAAUCAGCCGUAGAUCCAUUGGGAGUAUCUAUCAGAAGAUAUCACACGAUCGCAAACGAAAUCGUAAUUGAACAAUGCGUAAAAGCGAAAACACUGCCAACAUCGCCAUUAGCAUUCGCACCUGCAUCCACAUUCGUUGGGAUUGGGGUUAGGCUUUCGACUUCCGGAACUUUGACUGUUCCAUACGGGUAUCAAGCAAUCGGGAUAAAUUGAGAGAGCACUGGGUUGGAGGAUUCUUGGCAAGGACAUAGAAAGUUUGCCACAUACUAUAUAUCUAUCGAAAGAAAGAAUUUGUUUUAAUAAUUGGAAGAAUGUGGUUUCUCACGUAGUGAACUGCAAGUUUACCUAAAAAUUCUGUGAAUUGUUUAAUUAUAUUAUGCUUCUAGUUUUACACUUUAUAGUUGUUUACCCAGGAACAUUUGUGAAGUAUCGUAAAACCUUAAUUCGACUUGUUUUGUUAAUGUUAUAUAGACUUGUUUUUACUUUCCUCACAUGUAUUCCAUUGCAAACGUAGCUGGUCUACGUUGCUAGUCACUGUCCCCUGGAUUAGAUCUGUGUGCAUUUGAUUUAGUAACUUCCGCUGCGCAAUCAGAUCCUUAGACAAUGCUGAGAUCAGCCAACACUGUACUCCCAUCUAACCAAAACUAACUUAAAUGUAAUACGGAAUCGAGAAGCGGAAAAAGAAAGCGACUUUUAACAGACAUUUGUCCAAGGCACAAAACUAAAGCAUUGAAGCGGAAAAAUUUAAUGAAAAACUAGUAUGUAUAAAUGAAAAUUGAAAUUGAUAAUUGAUUGAUAACGAUAAUAAACGAAAAGCUAGAGGAGAGAGAAGCAAGCGAUAAAGAAGAACGUUAAACGAGAACUCACAAUUAGCGAGGCGAAAAAGAAAUUCAUUAGCGUUGUUUUAAUUUAUUAGUAAGUCGAGAACGACAAGCGACCCAAAACUCGCCGAUGAAUAUAUCUCCAUGUGUAUGUAUGUAUGAUUAAAGGACGGAGUAAGAGGGAGGGGAGUCGAGUUAUAGAGGUUGAGGAAGGUAGAACGGAAAUACCUAUGCAUAACAUAUUUAUAAGGCGGGAA